UUAUUACUAAACUAGCUGGCAAGGGAGCAGAGCCGAUGCUGUUCCACACUGGCACAGCACUUGCUUAGCUGCUGCUUCCCCUGCCUCUCCUUGUUCCGCUCUUUCUUCUUCUUCUUUCCCCUCUUUCUCUCCUCUCUCCCUCGCUCUCUCUUCUUUUUUUCAUUUUGGCUUCUAUUCAAAUGUGGGUCAGGGGUGAGCGGCUCCCAACGUCACAAGCUUGCAAGAUGGCGCUGGGAGGAAGGCUGUGAGAUGAGGAACAGGCUGGUAUAAACCGAGAGGACAGGAGAGGGAGAGGAGGAGAGGGGAAAGGGAAGAAAAGCUGCUGCUCCAGAUGCAAUAAGAAGCGUCCCUGCUGGUUCUCCAUUCUGCAUCCGUGCAGCCACGUUCUAUUGAUGGCCUGUUGUGAUUUCAAUGGAACAUCAUGGGAUGUACCUGGCACGUCGGGCAGCACUGGAUGGAGGUGCCUUUAGCCCAAUGUACCUGGCAUGUACUGUUAACUCACUGUUCAGGUGCUUGGUGUCUAGCCUUCUCAUCCAGCCACAAAUCCUCUACGUGAAAUGAGUGAUUCCUUAGAUCUGUUUAUGAUUGAUUCUUUGCUUCACUGGUGUUGCUUCUUAAAAGGUGGUAGGGUGAAGGUGAGAGGACGAGAAGGUGGAGAUGGAACUGCCAAAUCAUGCCAAACAACUGCUACUGCAGCUGAACCAGCAACGAGCCAAAGGUUUCCUCUGUGAUGUGAUCAUUGUGGUAGAAAAUGCCCUGUUUCGUGCCCAUAAGAACAUCCUGGCAGCCAGCAGCAUGUAUUUCAAAUCCCUUGUCCUGCAUGACAACCUGAUAAACUUAGACACGGACAUGGUGAACCCCACCGUGUUCCGGCAGAUCUUGGACUUUAUUUAUACUGGCAAGCUCUUAACGACUGACCAGCCUGGUGAACAGAACUUUAAUGCUCUCCUCACCGCAGCAAGCUACCUCCAACUGCACGACCUGGCAGCUCUCUGCAGAAAGAAGCUGAAGCGGAACGGCAAGUCCUUUGCUGGCAAGGCCGGUGGCCUUGGUGUUGGGAGAUCUGCCAGGAGUCAGAGACUUUCCACUGCUUCAGUCAUCCAAGCUCGCUAUUCAGGGUCAAAUGAGGGGUUGAAGGGCUCGCACUCAAAGGAGCUGUCAAAGGGAAAGCUCUCUGAUGACGAGGUCUUCAUCAGCAGCUCCAACCAAGAGAACUGUCACUCCUUAAGCAGGGGAACCAGCAAGAACGGCGGUGGGAGCAGCAGUGCGAACGGGAGCACCGGUGACCAGGAACUAGGCCUUGACCUGUCCAAAAAAAGCCCCUCGCUCCCUGCCGCAGCCUCCCACGAUGACACGCAGCACAGCGAAAGCCAGCACGGCUCUCCCCAAUCUGCCUCAGCCCCUGCAGCCAACAGUGCCUCAUCGUUCGACGAGCCUGGCGUCGGAGCCCCCCACAGCAUGGCGGACAGCAGCGACCCCAUGGAGAUGGAUCUGAGUGAGGAGUGCCACCACUCACUGACAGAGAGCAGCCAGCGCAAGGGCCUCCGGCACUCAUCCCGCAAGAAGGAGUGGAUCAAGAAAGACAACGCCUUUGACCGAAAAGAAGGGGGCAAAGACAGGGACGAGGGUGAAGGGCUGCCCAAUGGUAUCCUGCUGGGGCCCUUGUCCAAGUCUGUGGAGAGGAGUCUGGCUGGGGCCUACGGGGCAGACCUGCCCUACCCGUGUAAGGAGGAGGUAGAAAACGGUAAGGAGAACAGUGAUGACAGUGGCCAGAGCGAGAGCGAGAGCGGCGGCCAUACCAGUGCCAACUACGUCUACCGGCAGGAGGGGUUUGAGCCGGUGGCCUAUGGUGACAACCUGUAUGUCUGCAUUCCCUGUGGCAAAGGCUUCCCGAGCUCUGAGCAGCUCAAUGCCCACGUGGAAACGCACACUGAGGAAGACCUUUACAUCAAGGAGGAAGGCACAUACGGCAGCAAGGAUGAAGCUGAGGAUUUGUCCAACCCCAAUCAGUCCUACGCUGCGGAGUCCCGGCCCUUCAAGUGUUCAGUGUGUGAGAAGAGCUACAAGGAUCCGGCCACGCUGCGGCAGCACGAGAAGACUCACUGGCUGACGCGGCCCUUCCCUUGCAACAUCUGCGGCAAGAUGUUCACACAGCGUGGCACCAUGACACGGCACAUGCGCAGCCACCUGGGGCUCAAGCCCUUUGCUUGUGAGGAAUGUGGGAUGCGCUUUACCCGGCAGUACCGACUAACAGAGCAUAUGCGUGUCCACUCAGGAGAAAAACCUUACGAAUGUCAACUGUGUGGUGGGAAAUUCACCCAGCAGCGCAAUCUGAUCAGCCACCUGCGAAUGCAUACCUCUCCCACAUAAGCCAAAGACUCCAGAAUGAGCUUCAAGCCCAUCCGCAGUGAUUUACCUUUCUGUAGACUUGCUGCUUAAAAAAAAAAGAAAAAAGAAAAAAAAAAAAAAAGGGGCAACUCCCCAUACUCUGUUCAGUCAUGAGAGGCCUAAACAAAUGUAGCUUUAACAUUUAAAAAAAAGUUGUUUUUUUUUCCUUUUUUUAAGAAAAGAAAGGUCCACAGCCAAGCUGAUGCAUUUAGUCCCAGUCUCCCUUCAAAUUUUGAUGACCUGGCAGGAAAUACCUCUCCUUUUUGCACACAUCGACUUCAUUGCCAUAUUGUUUAUCUGGAGCAGGUAGGGGGACCUUGGGGAACUUUCAGUCUCUGCUGGCUCCCCCUCCCUGCCUCUUUCUAUGUUCCUGUCACUGUACUCAUCUCCUCUCCUAAAACCAAACUCAGUAGGGGUAUUUCUUGCCAUAAAAAAUAAAAAAACAAAAUACACCUUUUCAGUGGCCUAAGUAGCUGUGAAAUAACAGCAUUCUCAAGUGCAGAAGCUGAGUCUGUGGACCAUCUCACGGGGUUGGCAGUCCCUCCAGAGACUGUGGGAAAGCCACAGCAGCGGUGAAGCCCACCCCUGUCCCCCUGGGCUGGCGAUGGUGAGGAGCAGCUCUCAGGGCUGCACCAGUCCCAGUACUUCAUUUAACAAAUGGCGAAGCCUCCCUUACCAUCCCUCCCCAUUUUGGUUUUGAUCUUUGUCCUUGGCACACAUAACCACGUGCCACCUUCUCCCAUAAAACAUGCAAACCUCUUUUGCCUUACCCAUGACUGAACAGGGACUGGAUGCCCUGGGAAUUUCUUUCAGUGAGCAGGGGGUCGUCUUUACUUUUCUAGUAGUUUCGUAUGAAUAUUCUUUGCUUAGAGGUACUUGUUUUAUUAAAGGAAAAACCAUUGUAACGUUUAUGUGAAUGUUUGAACUGGAAGGUCUGAGGUUAA